CCACAUAUUUGUCUAAGAUGGCUGUUCAGGAAAACGAUGUCGGUGCAGAUGAUGUUAAACAGACUACGAUGGUUGUCAAGGUGGAUGCUGUUCUGAGUCAUCUGGGCAAACCCGGGCGUUUCCAGAUCAUUGUCUUUAUUUUACUUUGUCUGAAUUACAUGCCUUUGGUCUUCAAUCACGUGACCAUGGCAUUCUUUGGCUCUCGAGUCCACUACGUUUGCAGUGCUGUGAAAAAUGGAAGUUUAUAUUACGAAACAGCAGGGGAGAACCUGACAAUUAAAGCAAGUGUAAAUCGAACCUGUAUCUGGAGAAAAGCAUCAACAUGACAGUCCGGUGUGAAGGAGGUGAUUGGCUGUUUAAACCUAUGCCAAGGGAGACAACUAUAGCUAUGGAGUGGGUCUGUGAGGACGAGUAUCUUGUUGGAUUGGCAACAACAAUUUAUUUCUGCGGUGUCAUGUUGGGCGGUCUCGUGUUUGGCUUUCUUUGCGAUCUGAUUGGACGACGACCGAUAAUGCUUCUUACUCUGUACCUGCCUAUAGCCAUUGGCAUAGGAAUUUUCUUUGCACCUUCUUACAUCUGGUUUGUGUGCCUGAGAUUUGUUCAAGGAACAUUAAUGCAGGGUCUUCAGAUUGCAAGUUAUGUUGCGAUGGCUGAACUGUUCUUACCAAAUUUCCGCCCGUAUGUUGGUGCAGUGAUCGAGUUGUUCUGGGGUUGCAGUGUCAUGAUCCUGGCGGGGAUUGCCUACUUCAUCAGAGACUGGCGAUACAUGCAGCUGGCAAUCAGCAUUCCUAGCGUCCUAUCGAUCUUUUAUAUAUGUUGUAUACCUGAGUCUUUACGGUGGAUGUCCCUGAAGCGGAAAACAGACCAGAUACGAACAACGGUUGAGAAAAUCGCUAAGUUUAACAAGUGCACAGUACCACGCGACCAGCUGGACGAUCUACUGUCUGCAGUCGAGUCCAGGGAGAAAGAGACCGCGCGGCACUAUACCGUAAUACAUCUUCUUAAAACACCGCGGCUCAGGAAAAGAAGUCUGAUUUUGUUUUAUGCUUGGUUUUCUGUUGCUGCAGGGUACUAUGGUCUCAUAUUUAAUAUUACACAUUUAGCUGGCAACAAAUAUCUCAACUUCUUCAUUGGCUCCUGUGUGGAAAUGUGUGCUUACAUUCCGGCUAUACCUAUUAUGAAAAGGGAAGGAAAACCUCAUCUUCGGUGCCUCUUAUCAUCUUUGGGGUCAUGAGUCUUGUAUCUGGUUUCUUGAUCUGGUUUCUACCGGAGACCCACGAGAAAAAACUGCCAGACACCAUUGAUGAUAUAGAGGGAGACUACUCUGUUUUGGACGAGGACGUCACACA